UUACUGUAGACUAUAUAUGUUUGUGCCUUAGUGGGUACAGCUCACUAGUCUAUAUUGCCUUGUAUCUCCCCAU